CACACGCGGGAAACUUCAGUGACGUUUAAGUGGAGCGGAAGUAAACACGUUAUUUUUCUUCGAGGGUUAUUUUUUCUUUUUUCACUCAGAUUAUAUCAUAAAUGUGUUGUUUUUAAAAUCGUUAACGUGAAUGCUGAUGUUGACGUAACGUAAACUUUUCAUACUGCCGUGAACAGGUGACAGAAGAUGGUCCAGAUCGUUAUACGGGGCAGUCCGGACGGGUGCAGUCCCCCAGAGUGGCUGUUGGUGGAGCUACAGGGAGAGAUGAUCUCCAGACACAACUCUGGUCUGGCAGGAAACGUGAUGGGAGAUCUGCUCUACACCAAGGAGGGUGUGCCAGUGCUCAUUGUUGGACAUCACAUUCUUUACGGCAAGCAGGUAAAACUGGAGAAGCACUUUGCAGUUCUCACAAAGAGCUCCAAGUCUGAAGGUAGCCAUGGCGACUGUGACAUCACGACAGAUGAUAAGGACGGACCGGUGCCGAUGGAAACAGAGGAGCCAGGCUCCGUCGCCAAGUGCUACACCGUGACCGCGCUCAUCAAACGAAAGUUGAUCUUUAAGACUCGACCCAAACCCAUCAUUACCAACGUCCCCAAGAAAGUCUAGGAGGAGAGACGGGGAGGACUUUUUUUUUUUUAACUGUAUAGUCAUUAAUAAAAAAAUAUUUUAUUGA